AUGCCAACUGCUCGCAAGACUUAUGCUGAUACUCACAAUCACACUGGACGUACAUCCUCCAACAAGGAGAAUGCAGUGGCUGUCAUGCAGGAGAAGGAUCGCCUUGAAAAGGAAAAGGAAAAAAAAUUCACUUCUCAUACAGUCACAUCAAAACUUGCAGAACUGGCUGCCUGUGCAAGCAGGAUUCCACCAGCCCCUGUUCUGGUUCCUGCAACAGUUUCACAUGGUCAAUCCACCCAACGCCAACCACCUCCAUCUCACCUCGAGUCUCCCUCGCACUCUCAGACACCCUCAUGCUCCCAGUCGCACUCACACUUGGGCACCCCCUCACACUCAUGCUUGGGCUCAUACUCCCGCUCCCGCUCUCACCCUCCAUCCCAAUCCAACUCAUGCUCCCUCUCUCGCACUGCUACAUCUGCACCAGGACUUCGCUCAGGUUCCCCGCAGUCCGGCAAAAAGCGUGCUCACUUGCUUGACAAUGAUGGUGAUGAAGACGAGGAGGACGAGGAAGCUGAUCAUCACCAUGAUCUGACUCCGGCUGUUGUCCAUGCUCAGAAACUCACCAAUGACAAUUCGCAACCCAAAGCUAGAGACUAUGACACCUGGAAGCUUGCAAAUGAUGACUCAGGUAUGGAGCACCUGAUUCUUGAUUCCGACAUCGCAAAAAUUAUCAAGGCUCAUGGAUCUCAAGCCCGCGGCAAGGCCAAGUCCAAGACCCAGUCCUUGGUCGAAGUUCUUUACGGGUUCGAUUCAGGUUGUGGCAAAUCAGCGAUAAAAAAAAACUGCGAUAAGGCUGAAUGCCUUAAGCUUGAAAAGGGCUUUGUUUACAAGGAACUCGAAGACCUCAAUGAUCCUGAGAGUCAUCGCAAGGGGAUGUACCAGCACCCCAUCAUUCAAAAAGCCAUCAAUUGCAUGUGGUUCAAAAACCGACGUGACGAAGGAAUUCUCUUUGAGACUUUUUUCAAAGGCAUGCCCCUUCCAGCAAUUGCGCUUCUCUUGACUGCAAUUGAAGCCAAUAUUGAUGAAUGGCUGACCGGAAUUAGUAGUGUUUAA